AUGAGUCAAACAUCUCUGAAACAGAAAAAGAAGAAUGAUUCUACACCAAAAUACACAAAAGACAAUCUAGAAACAGAGAAAAGACGGGAAUCUGAAAAAUCAGUUCGCCUCAGCUCUCAGAUGAGGCGUGCAGUCAAUCCGAAUCACUGGCUGAGAUGUUGCCCCAUGCGUCCUCAUCUGUCGUGUAGACACUGCCUUAGUGCAGCUGAGGGAACAGUCCUUCCUGGCCCCUGCCGCACAUUACGAAUUUAUAUUCACAUGUGCCUGUUUUCGAAUCAGGGCCAGCAGGUCACCAUGAUCAGGGGAUCGCAAGAAGUACUGCCGAAGACAGAGUCUCGAGGGUACGUCGUGCGAAACCAGUGGUCUGGAACUUCACGGAACACAACCCCCAGAGUCCCAUCCGUAGAAGAACAAAGAAGCAAGAGCGGCAAUCUUAAGGUAGAGAUCCCCACAAGUUCCACCACCUCCCGGACUUCCUCCACCUCCCACAGCCAGACGGAGUCCCAGCACGAGCUAUCAGACCACGCCACCCCGUCCACGCCGCCGGUGCUGCGCACGCCACCCACACCGCGCACGCCACCCACGCCGCACACGCCACUCACGCCCGUGGACUCCAAUCCUUGCACGCCCCCGGAGCCCCAGCCUCAGCCCCAGCCUCAGCCCUUGACCCGGCGCAGCAUCAAGAUGCAUGAGGCCCAUGACAACUGGAGCCACAGCAUGAUACGUGACACGAGGGACUCCCGGGAGCCACAGCAGCGGGAUUACCCGCGCACGCCUCCCCUGGAAUGGAAGCCCUACCCUCAGCGCCGGAACACCUACAACUCCCAGGACCGGGACUACAUGGCUGACAUGGCCCGGCCGCGGGAUGAUGACGACGACGACGAGGAGGCCUAUUGGUCAUCAGUGAGGACACUGUACGAGAAGAACCCGGGCUGCUCACGCCCCCGGCCGGCCAAACCCAAGCACGCCCUCACCAUCGCUGUGUCCUCCCGGGCUCUGUUCAACAUGGUGGACGGCAGGAAAGUCUACGAGGAGGAGGGCCUGGAAAAGUACAUGGAGUACCAGCUCUGCAACGAGAAUGUCAUCCUGACGCCGGGACCCGCCUUCCGCUUCGUCAAGGCCCUGCAGCAUGUCAAUGCUAGACUCCGCGAUCUGUACCCUGAAGAACACGAAUUAUUUGAUAUUGUACUGAUGACUAAUAACCAUGCCCAAGUGGGAGUGCGGCUUAUAAACAGCGUCAAUCACUACGGCUUGCUCAUUGACCGCUUCUGUCUGACCGGUGGGAAAAGUCCUGUCGGCUAUUUGAAGUCAUAUCUUACCAACUUCUACCUGUCUGCGGACUAUGAAAAAGUCCAAGAAGCACUACAAGAAGGGAUCGCCGCUGCAACCAUGUUUGACACAGGCAAAGACAUGUCUUACUGUGACUCGCAGCUCCGUGUGGCUUUUGAUGGAGACUCUCUCCUCUUCUCUGAGGAGACGGAAUAUCCUACCAAGGAGCACGGGCUGGAGAAAUUCUUUCAACAUGAAGCACAAUGUGAGACGAAGCCUAUUGUUCAGGGUCCCCUGAAGUGCUUUCUGGAAGAAUUAGGCAGACUGCAAAAGAAGUUCUUUGCCAAAGACCAACGGUUAUGUUGUCCUAUCAGGACCUACCUGGUUACUGCCAGAAGCGCAGCCAGUUCGGGUGCCCGAGUGCUGAAAUUGCUUCGCCGCUGGGGUCUAGAGAUAGAUGAAGCCCUUUUCCUUGCAGGAGCCUCCAAAGGUCCCAUCUUGGUGAAAAUUCGGCCCCACAUCUUCUUUGAUGACCGCAUGUUCCGUAUUGAAGGGGCCCAGAAAUUGGGCACCAACUCCCCUCAUGUACCGUAUAGCUUAACUCAAAAAAUGAACAAUUAGAGAUGGGGAGGAGAAAUAAAGCAGUGAGUCUGGUAUCACAGAAGCCACUUCUUGUGGAUC